GAUAGUGGUUGGUGUUGUUUCGCUGUCACUUGUAAUUUCGAGUGAUUUUAUUUAGAAACAAAUAUUUUCUUGUAAAUAUGUAACUUAAACACGACGUUCAGCUAAAUAAGUUCAUAUUUUCUUGUGCUACACAAACAAAUUACAUAAUUUAUUUUAGAUACAAGCGAUAAUUUACAAUUUGAGAUAGGCAUCGGUGUUAUGGGAAGUGUUAGUCAUGAAACACUGCAGUGUAUUUAUUGUUUUGUGCUUAUAUUUGUGUGUUAUUAAAUGUGCAAGAUCGGACAGAACAGAUUCUAUCUCAUUGCUAAAGUCAAACUCAACGUCGGAGCAGAAAGUAUGGAACAUAAAACUUGACAUUUUCUUCUCGAAAACCUUACCACCCGUCAUCACCAGGGCUCCGAAGAGUGAUGUGCGUUUCAAAUGUGAGGCGAUCAUGAAUUAUACGAAGGUGGAAAAGUACACUAAAAAUAGGGAAGGUGUGGUAACAUUGCUAAAAGAAGCUCCCCCUGAUCACAUACAGCAGAAACUAUUGGAAAAUGUUAAAGUAUAUUGGUUGAAAGACGGUAAAAUUAUUGAUGAUAACUCAACACAAAGAAUGAAAAUAACCACUAAGAUUGAUAAGAGCAAUGGCACAAUAGGUACAAAUUUAAGAAUCAAAGACUUGAUUGUAAGUGACAAAGGCAACUAUACUUGUGUAAUUAAACAAAACUAUGAGAAGAAACAGACAUCACAAUUAAAGGUAGAACAAGGCAUUGAAAACUAUGAGAUUCCUACAUAUGCUUCAUUGUUUCCCAACACUGAUAUCUACAGCCAGCUAGAUAUUAAUGUGCAGUCCACUCCCGGUCUAUCAUCCGAAAAUAUACAAACACUAAACAAUACCAAUUCCACUGAGUCAAAAAAGUUGGAACCAAUAUGCCAAGAAUAUUUAGGAAGUGUGUGUGCAGAACAUUUGAAGGGUCAAUUUGUAUACAUACCUUACAAUACCAGCCAGGAAGCUCUUGAAGAUAAACUGCUGAAAGCAUUCCAAGUCACUAAAUAUUCUAAUGAUAUAAGUCCUCGCUGUGAGGGCUAUGCCGUGCCCAGUCUCUGUUACUCAACAUUCCCAAUCUGUAGAGAUCCUAUUGUUACCAACAGUAAGUUCUAUAAGGAGGUUAGAAAACUAUUCACUCUCCAGUCUGAUCCUGCAAUUAAAAUCAAUGAUAAUGAGCUACAUGAAAUUGUUUUUGAAAAUUUGCCAUUUGGCAAACUACCUAGUAUGUAUACGGAUUCUAAUAGCUCAUUUGCAUCAAUGUUUGAUUUCCGUUAUAACUCGACAGUUCUACGAAGGGUCUGUAAACAAGAUUGUGAAAUAUUGGAGAAUGAACUUUGCCAGAAAGAGUAUGCUAUAGCUAAGAGACAUCCACAUAUAGGACAGCAGUUAACUCUAGAGGAAUGCCAAGACCUUCCCGAAAAUGAUCCUGACUGUUUGAGAAUUAGUAUUGGAGCAGUAAUGGUAUCUGACGAUGAAUGUUACUGGGAAAAUGGAAGUGGAUACUUAGGGCGAGUCAAUAUAGCAAAUAAUGGCAUGCCUUGUGUUGAGUGGUCUAAACAACUACAUGUCACAUUGUCGGAUUAUCCUGAACUUGCUGGAACACACAGUUAUUGUAGAAAUCCUGGAGGUGUUAAAGAGCAGCCGUGGUGCAUCAUUGAGAAAGAUGGUAAAACAGACAAGCAGCUCUGUGAUAUUCCAAAAUGUGCUCACAAAAUCUGGAUUUACAUUGUCAUAGUUUUUCUUCUAUUGACUCUUACAAUUAUUGGAUUUAUUAUUUGUUUGUGCUACAGACAUAAAAAUAAGAAUAAUGCUUCCACAAUUAGAGAUAUUAAUUUACCCAAUGCUGAUAAAAACAUCUAUGGCAAUUCUAGACUUAAUUCACCAAUAGAAAUGAGUGAACUCCUGACCAACAAUAUAGCCAAUCAGCCCCACCUGACCAGGAAUACCAGAGGCAAUGGAGUGCUUCGUAUUCCUCAAUACUCUCUAUCACAAAUCAAAUUCUUGGAAGAAUUGGGUGAAGGAGCUUUUGGCAAAGUCUAUAAAGGAGCCCUGAAAAAGAAUGGUGAAACACAGUUUGUUGCUGUGAAGGCAUUGAAAGAGAAUGCUUCAGCUAAAACACAGGCAGACUUUAGAAGAGAAAUAGACUUGAUAUCUGAAUUAACUCAUGAUAACAUAGUGUGUAUUGUUGGUGUAGCAUUGAGAGAAGAGCCUUUAUGUAUGUUGUUUGAGUUUAUGGCGCGAGGGGAUCUCCACGAGUUUCUGAUGGGCCGUGCGCCACCCUCUGGGAAAGGUCUACCGCCGAUGAGAUUGCUAAACAUCGCGAAUAACAUUGCAUCUGGGAUGCAAUACCUUGCUUCACAUCAUUAUGUUCACCGGGACCUUGCGGCUCGAAACUGUCUUGUCUCUGACGACUUUAUUGUCAAAAUAUCAGAUUUUGGUCUUUCAAGAGAUAUCUAUAGUUCAGAUUAUUAUAGAGUACAGUCAAAGAGUUUACUGCCAGUAAGGUGGAUGCCACCAGAAUCUAUACUUUACGGUAAAUUCACGACAGAAAGCGACAUUUGGUCAUAUGGAGUAGUAUUGUGGGAAAUAUACAGUUAUGGAUUGCAGCCUUAUUAUGGAUAUAGCAAUCAAGAAGUCAUAUCGAUGGUGCGCGGGGGCGAGCUACUCGCGGCUCCAGCAAACUGCCCGGCACCAAUGUACGCACUCAUGAGGGACUGUUGGAAACAUACGCCGCAGAGGAGACCUAACUUCGAGGAAAUUGUUAAUAGGAUCCAAGAAUGGAUAAAUAUGGGCGGGUGUCCAGAAAUCGCAGCUUCCGAGCCUGGAAGCAGUGGUUUUGGGCACCGGCCAUCAGGUUCCAGCCGAGACUUGCAGGAGCGGGUACCUUUACUGCCACCACACUGCUCCUCAUCCAAUGGCUCCCUGGCCACGGGCAGCCUGAAAAAGUUCAGCGCGGCAGGUUCUAGCUCUAAAGUUACAGAUGAUAAUUGUUCCACGUGCAGUGAGGUGCCACCUCUUGCACCCAAGACAAAGAAACAUAGCUCGGGAUCGCUCAUCGAUACAGAAAAAGUAGGUACGAAAGAUACAGUGGUUAGGAUAUUACCCAACUCACAAUUUGGUAACGAAAUUUAAGAGAUGGUACAAAUCAUGGAGUGUUUAUAAAUGGAAUGAUAAGAUACGCAACGAAAAUCUUCGCUCUGUCGAUUGCGACAGCCAUUGUGCUGUAUGUUCACUACACAAGUUGACUUGCUUCGCGUAUUUACACUUCAUUUGUGUCCUACUCUUUGAUAGAAUAGAUAGCCAAUGUUUGACAUGUUUUACUUUGAUGCUUCGUGCAUUUUACACUUAAAUAAGAAGUUAGUGUAAGUUAGGUUUGUAAAAAGAGGUAGUUUUUGUAACACUUUAGUCUUCAUAAUGUUAUGUGAUUGUGUAAGCCACUUCCGUCGAAUCACAGACGUAUAAUCAAUGCUCGAUGAUUCAUGACACUUCCGAAGUUAAGUUUUUAUUUCUAUUUUGUUACAUUGUUCGAGUUUUAAGUCACAAUUUUGCCUGUCUCCGUUUUAAGGUAAGUGUCCACAGAUCCGCAUCGUACGCAUCGGACGAAUCGCAUCAAACGGAUUAAUUUUUCAGACUGCGUCCACUGUAUCGACAGCGAUCGGAUUGCCGAAGCGAGUAUCAGCAAUCGGAUUGCCGAUACCACUUUCAUUCGGAUUUUUGGCAUCGGCAUUCCGUAUGACGUCAUCGGUACACAUCGCAUGUAGGCAUUGCCGAUGAUGCGGAUCAGUGGACGCAGUUGUAUGAGUUUCUAUACAAGACAAACUAAAAUCCGUUGCGUGCGAUGCGUACGAUGCGGGUCUGUGGACCUUUACUGACGCAAUACUGCCAAUGUUUCCAUAAUUAGUGUUUCCCAAUAGUUCCUUUAUUUUACAUAGUUGUAAGGUGUAGUUUUAAUAAUGGUUGUGUACUAUAUGUAAAUGAGUACCUAAUGAGUUAUUCGAUAUAGAGGUACAAUGAGAAAAAGUACAUAAUGUUUCAAUUGGCUUUACUUAUCUAUUUACUUAGUUAUAAGUUCAAGUAAGACCACAAUAGAGUUAUGAUUUUAUUAUUUUCAGGGUUUGAAAUAUAUCCAUUUUGUAUGAAUAUCAUGUUGAUAUUUUAUAGUAUUAUUUGUGUACCUAUAUAUUUGUUGCAUGUUUUACAUAAACUUAAAGUAAUAUGCAUUUAAUGGUUUAUUUGAAUAGUGUGUAAAAUCAGACAAAUGAAUCCAAAACAUGAAACCUUCUUCUAGAUUAGGCAAAAUUGCUAUAUAAUAUAUAACAAAAAGUCGUUGGAUAUAUAUCGGAACCCUGAUCAUUUUGUUGUCAAUUAUUAUUUAUUUUAGAUUAAUUUAUUGUAUGCAUUUUUAGCUACAAAAAAAAUGAUUCGGGAUAUAUUUGAUAGUUACAGUUUGUCAUAAUAGACAUAGCAUAAAUACGUUAAUGUUACGUUGCGUAAUAAUUUAGUUACAAUCGUAAUUUCAUAUGUCAGCCUUUAUUGUAUUUUAUUAUGUGUUAGAGAUAUCUAUUUAUAAAAUGGUACCUACAACAGCUAAAAAUACCCCGCCUAAUCCAUGCUACUAGUUGUAAAUUUUAAAUUAAUUUUAUUUUAUUCUUAUAUUUUAAUUCUUUAUUUAUAUUACAUCAGAUAGGGGAUCGUAAUUACAUUUUAUGUACGUACGAAUUUUUUUUAAACUUAAGUAUUCAAGUACAUAAUUUAUCAAGUUAGAUCUCUAUUACUUAUUAAAAUAUUUUUAAUUUAUAAUACAUAGUAUGUAUGUACCUACUUCUAAAGUAAUUUUUAUGAUUUAUAAAAAGCUAGCCAACUUUUGUAGAAUGGGAGGUCUACAAACUUGUUGUUUUCACACUGUUUGCCAUAGGGAAGUGGAAAUUAUUUAUACUAGAAUUAUCCUUCUAUUUUAGACCAUGUAUUUUUGCUUGUAAUAUGAUUAAAAUACUUUAUUAUAAUAAAAUGUGUAAGUGGUGUCUGAAGCAGCGUGUGUUCCAAGUAAAUAAGUAUUUCAAAAUUCUAAUGUUGUAUUAGCUUAUAAGACUGACUGAAAAUAUCAACUACACAAUUGUCAAUAUUGUACUUAUUUUAGAAAAUUUAUGCUUCACAGCCGUGAACUGGACAUUUUUACUGAUGAUUGUAAUGACGAAUAUCGGCGUUAAUACUGGCAACUCUAGAAUACGAUCUCAUUGUAUGCAGUUUGUUUUUAAAGCAUAGUGUUACCAACAAAUCAAACAUGAUCUUCCAAUAAUAUUGAUUUAGCAAGAUGGCAGCAUUUUUUCACCUUUGUAAUGUAUGUUGGUAGCACAUGUCGCUUGCCUGUUAGUACCUAAUCGUAAUUUAAGUGUACAUUUAUAAUAACUUAUUGUUUACCUAUCCAAUUUCUUUUUGAAAUUUUACCGGUUAUCCAUUUUUAUAACGUUUUUUUUUAUAAAUGUUUAUAUUUAGUACUUCCUGUACUAGCCAAAGACUUUUUGUUUGUAUGUGAUACAUUUAGUUUCUUACUUAGAUGUAAAUUGUAUUUCUGUAAUAAAUAAUUUUUAAAAGUU